CUUAACCAGCAAGCUAUCUCCUCACCCCACCUCCCUUUAUUACUUCCAUCGUUGAUCAGUAAUCACUCACACUUCACGAGAGAGAGAGAGAGAGAGAAGAAGAAGGUUGUAGACGCAGAGAGAGAGAGAGAUGACGAGCAGCGGCGUGGAGAUGAUGCUUGUGCCGUUUCACGGCCAAGGCCACAUCUUCCCUUGCACGCAGCUCUCCCUUCAGCUGGCUGCCCGAGGCGUCACGGUCACCGUCGUCGUGCCUUCGGAGGUUGCCCCUUCCAUCUCCGCCGCCUGCAACCACCCGCUCGUCCGGAUCGCUGAGCUCCCUUUGCCUCCCAACCCACCGGGUGCCCCGCCCCAGCACCAGUUCCUGCGCUCCCGUCUCAUGGUGGAGCCCUUUGCGGAGCUCAUCGCCCGGAGGGCCGCCCCCGGCUCCUCCGACCCUCCUCCGCCCAUCUGCGUCGUGAUCGAUGCCCUCGUCGGCUGGGCCGUCGAGAUAUGCCAGCGGCACGGCCUCCCGUCCGCCGUUUUCUUUACCAAUGGCACCGCUGCAUGUGCCUUGGAGUAUAUCGGCUACCACUUGCCGUUGGACGACUUGAACCCCGACGAGCCCGUCUCGAUCGAGGGCCUGCCGGAUUCCCUCGGCCUGACCUACGCCGAUCUGAUCCACAAGCCUCCAGGUUCCCAAAUGCCACCUCCGAUGGCCUUACCGGGCUUUAAUCCUCCGCCUUUCUUCCCUGGAGGUGGCCCGCCGGGAGGUCGCCGGUUUCCCCCGUGGGUGCCGGAAGUAGAAAGUGCGGCUGUGUUCCUCUUCAACACUUGCGACGAGCUGGAGCGCCCGUUCAUCGAAUGCAUCGCCAGGGAGGCCAAGAAGAAGGCCUUCGGCGUGGGGCCUCUCCUGCCGCCUCAGUUGUGGGAAUCGGCCGGCGCUCCUCUCCGCGAUGGGGCGGUCCGAGCCAAGAAAAGCUCAGGCAUCAGCGAGGAGGAGGUCGAGGCGUGGCUCGCCUCCAAACGCCGGGGCUCAGUCGUGUUCGUGUCCUUCGGAAGCGAGGUGAGCCCCAGCGUCCCGGAGCUCGCCAAUCUGGCCGCGGGUCUUGAGGAGUCCGGACAACCCUUCAUCUGGGUAAUUCAACCCAAUGCGAGAAGAGCCGGAUCUCCGUUCGGCGCACCGCCGGAGGACCCUUGGUCCGGCGUGGUGCCGGAGGGCUUCGAAAAGCGGGUGGAAGGGAGGGGGCUGGUGGUACGUGGCUGGGCUCCUCAGCUUCUGAUUCUCAGCCACCCCUCCACUGGCGGCUUCAUCUCCCACUGUGGGUGGAACUCGACUUUGGAGGCGCUCGUCCAGGGGGUGCCCAUCCUCGGGUGGCCCAUCCGGGGAGACCAGCACCAGACGGCCAUCCUGGUGGCGAACUACCUGAGGGUGGGUUUCAAGAUCAGGUCCGCCAGAGGGCGGGAGGUGAGCAAGGAGGACGUGGUGAAGGGGUUGGAGAAGCUGAUGGGCAACGCAGAGGUCAAGAAGCGCGCUUCUGAAAUCAAGUCUAUCUUCUCAUCGGGAUUCCCUGCGAGCUCCUCGGCUUCGCUCGAUGCCUUCGUCCAUCUUUUCCGGCGGGAGUAGCCUAUUUUCCAGUCGCUGUUUCGUGCAAAAUCUUUCUGUAUGGUAUACUUUUAGUUGAAGGGAAUGGGGAAGAGGCUUGUCUUUUUCUGUACUGUUAA